AUGGGCCUCCGGGAAUCAUUAAUUCUUAUGUUGGCGUUGCUGGCCAUUUUACCAGACGAUUGCCACUCCUGUCCGCACCCAUGCGCCUGUUACCUUCCCACUGAAGUGCACUGCACUUUCCGCUCCCUGGUCACGGUGCCUGCUGCCAUUCCCAAACAAGUGGAGCGCAUGAACCUCGGGUUUAACACCAUAAACCGGAUAACUGAGACUUCUUUUGCCGGAUUAAGAAAAUUGGAACUGCUCAUGAUGCAUGGAAAUGAUAUCCAUAAAGUUCCAAAUGGGGCCUUUCGGGAUUUGAUGUCUCUUCAGGUGUUGAAGAUGAGCUAUAACAAAGUAAAGGUGAUUACUGGACACACUCUCCUCGGACUGACCAGUCUUGUGCGACUACAUCUGGACCACAACCGCCUUGAGUUCAUCCAUCCGGAUGCCUUUAAGGGGAUGACAUCACUCAGGCUGCUCCACUUAGAGGGGAACCACCUACAGAAACUGCACCCCGCCACCUUUUGCACCUUCUCCUUGCUGCAACAUUUCCAUAUUUCCACUCUCAGGCACCUCUAUCUGUCCGAGAAUCUCCUGACCACACUGCCAAAAGACCUCCUGUGGAGCAUGCCACAGCUGGAAAGCCUCUAUCUCCAUGGAAACCCCUGGAACUGUGACUGCAACAUGAACUGGUUCAGAGAGUGGAGUGCACAGCAUUUAGAGGUUAUGAAGUGUAAGAAGGACAGAUCCUAUGCCAGGGGUCAGCUUUGCCCAAUGUGUGCCUCUCCAAGACUCUUAAGGAAAAAGGAUAUCUUGGACCUCAGGGAACUCAUCUGCACAAGUCCAGUCAUUAGCACCCCAGAAAAGGAGAGAGCCUCUGAGGACAACUUAAGUGAGCUGCUGACCCUUGAAGAAUUCAAACAGCCUUUUGGAAACCUCACACUCAACCUCUCUGAUGAACAUGGGAACAAAGUCGACCUGGUGUGUCGAAUCCUCGAGCCCAGAGAGUCUACAAAAGUCAGCUGGAAUAUUACGAAAGCCCAGCAGAUUCUGACUAAUGCGACCUUUUCUUUUGAUCUGGAAUGCCCGAUCAAUCGAGAGAACUAUGAGAGUUUAUGGAGGCUCAUUGCCUAUUACAGCGAAGUGCCAGUGCACCUGGAAAGAGAGAUUAUGCUCAGAAAAGAGCCAGAAUUAAGCUACAGAUACAGGCAAGACAUUGGGAGGGAUGCAUACUACUAUACUGGGGUGAGAGCCAACAUUCAGUCCCAUCCAUCUUGGCUAAUGCAAUCUUUUGUGAACAUACAGCUGAACAGGCCCUACUCCACCUCCAGAAUUGUGAGGCUCAUUCUUAGUACUCAGAUGUCAUCCACUAUAGAUACCGAGUUAAUAAGAAGGCAAAGAAGACCUUGGGUCAUGAUAGAGUACAACAACAAAACCCAGACAGUGUUCAGCAGCAUGGUGGGUGGCUUGAUUGAGAUGGAUUGCAAUGUUCUGAGUUCCGGGGAUCCAUCCGUUCAGUGGAUGCUGCCAGACGGCUCUAAGAUCAAAGCCCCUUACAACAGUCCUGACAACAGGCUGUCAGUGUCUAAGGGUGGCAGGCUCCUAAUAAAAGCUGUCAAGCACUCAGACUCUGGUGUGUAUUACUGUGUGGCAGAGACUCAGAGUGAUACAGAUUUCCUUCCUUUCCGACUGUCAGUCAUGGAAUCCUCAGCCCCGUCGCCGGGGGACGAGGUCGGACCUACCAUGAACAAAGUCGUUGGAGAACCCAUCUCUCUGCCUUGUUUUGCCUAUGCAUCUCCUGACGCUGAGAUUCAUUGGAUUUUUCCGGAUGGCACUUUGAUGAAUAGCAGGGCUAACUCGUCCAAGGUUUUCGUCUUUUCCAAUGGCACUCUGUUCAUGCCUCAGGGUUUGCUUAAUGACAAUGGAUAUUACAAAUGUGUGGCUGUGAACCAACAUGGUGCCGACAUGCUGGCUACGAAACUGAGUGUCGUGAGGAAGCAGGGAAUACCGCCAAUCAGGAGAUAUCCCAUGAGGCCACAGUCAGCCUCAGGGGUGUCCACUCAAGUAAGAGCCUUUGUGGAGAACACUGAGGAAGGUUCUGGAAAUGAUGACGAUAAUGAUGAUAAGGUCCAGGAAAGACCACCAUCAAACAGAGUCCUGAUAAACAGAAGGAGGGGACCUAAAACUAGAAUGCGAGGACAUCCAUCCAGGAAUUCCCAGCGUCGGUUUCCUGGUCAAAGGAAGCCUUUUGGGAAUAACCCUGGCGGAGGACCAAGGAAAAAUGCACCCGAAAACAGGAGAAAUACAUCAAAGACCAAAAUUGACCCGCAGAAAUGGGCAGACAUCUUGGCCAAAAUCCGUGAGAAAACAGCUCAGAAAACUGCAGCACCACCACCAACCUCAGUGGAAAGCAGCAUUCCAGUAAUAGCGGGACAGAGUGAAAACUCUCAGUUUUCAAACAGAAAUAAGCCAGAAACCCCUGACAGCAUUGAAGGAUCUUCUCCAGAUGAUAUUAGCUUGCUCAAUGAAGGAUCAAACACUGUCAGCACGCCACGCGUUGACCACCAACAAACCACAACCCCUUCCUAUCCCGUGGAUCAGAACAACAAUGUAUACCAAAUUUCUCCUCCUAAGUUAAACCCUGAAUCAAAUGAAGUGACACAGAGCACCAGCGUCGCCUUGCCAACAUCUGGAUUUAAUUCUGUCAUCACAGAGAUAAAUGUGAGGGAGGAGAGCAAUACCAAGAACACCCUGGAACUCCAGGAGAUUUGGAGGCAGGAGGCGAAUAAACAGAUUGAGACAACUGACAGCAUUAGCCAAAAUGAGAACUCAGUCUCCAUCCCUGAUGACAGUAAAGAUGAAGUCCACAAACCGAAAGAGAGUGGAGUUUUGGAAAACCAAAGGGCAGCUAGCACCAGCACCCCACCGCAGGGACCUUCCAUCAUAAGCACUCCAUCUGUAUCAGAAUCAGGGGUCAUGGUCCAAGAAAAGAGCAAUGAAAACACAGCUUCUUCAGAAGCAGCUCCAACAUGGACUCCAGACCACAGAGCUGUCUCUCUGGCAGCUAGUCAUGUGGAGUUUACAAGCAUACUUCAAACAGGGCAGCCAUUUCAAAAGGUUUACAGUGAGAAUGUUGCAACAGACAUAAGCUACACACUGAGUCCUGGCAAAUCUCCACAGGAUAUCCUCCACGUUUCUAAGCCACAUUCAGGAGGAAAUCUCAGAGAAACUGUUCAAACUGAAACACAGAGCUCUGCUGAGACAUUAAGCUCCGAAAAAUUUACUGAGAUUACAUCCCCACUGCCUUACACCACACCCCAGUACCAAGACACCAAAAUUCAAGAUUUGGAUCGGCACAAAGAGCGCAGUGAGGAAUAUAGUUAUCAAGGUUCAACACCGUUGUCAUCAUUUUUUACUAGCACAGCACCUACUCCCACAACACUGACUGCCUCCACUGAAGAAGUACAGCAACCUGAGACUCUGUCCACAGUCUUCCAAACGCUGACUACUCAGUAUGAAGAUGAUGUUCUCUUCCCCACACAGAGUAUCCCAGCACUCGAAGGAGAAAAGGAACAUACUUUGCAGCCCAAGCCAGAUAAACUGAUUACACCCCCAGUCAUCGUUGAAAGUACAUCUACCAGCACAUCCACAACUACCCCAGCUACAACCACAACGCUACCACAAUCAACCACAACAACUAGAACUUCUACAACUACAACAACUCCUCCUUGGUUGAGACCCAGAUUACCUGUGCCUGACAGCAGGAUACCAUCAUACUCAAGAAAUACUGGAACAAACUAUAUCCCUGACAGGCAUGGUGGAAGACUACCUAUUCCUAACUACAGAUACCCUUAUUACCCCAAUAACAGAAACACCUUUGUCGUAAACAGACCUGAGGUGCCAAAAACAACAUCAGGGAACAAUUCAACAGUAAACAUAAGACCAGGUCUUGUCACUAAUCCCCAACUAACACCAAAUAUCAAGCCAAAUCCGGCAACAAAUUUUACCACCGCAACACAAAGACCCACCAGUCAUUCCACAACCACCCAAAGCACAACCACCCUGUCAAAAACCAAAACUCAGUCUCAGCCCAGUUCAGGCUCUACUUGGCACUCCAGCACAGACCUUUCUACGAGACAGGAUAACAGUAGGCUUCCAAGACCACCAACUGCUCCUGUGUUGAAAGUAAGGCCCAGAAUCUCCUCCUCUAACCUCCACACAGUCACCGUGAAUGCAGAGACAGAUGUUUUGUUGCCCUGUGACUCAGAGGGAGAACCAAAACCCUUCUUGACCUGGACCAGGACUGCCACUGGCGCUGUCAUGUCAGCUAACACCAGAGUUCAGAGGUAUGAAGUCAGCUCCAACGGCACAUUGAUCAUCCAUAAAGCGCAGCUGCAGGACCGUGGCCAGUACCUUUGCACCGUCCAGAAUCCAUAUGGUGUUGAUAAGAUGAUUGUCACACUCAUUGUGUUAGCUCAGCAACCACAGGUGCUUCAGCCUCGUCACCGUGACGUCACCAUUUACUUAGGGGAGAUGGCCAACCUGGAGUGCAAUGCUCAGGGUUUACCAACACCCCAGAUCAGUUGGACGUUGCCAAAUCGGGCAGUGGUGAGAACGGUUAGCGGCACAGAACAGCGAGUCAUGCUUUUGGCCAACGGUACCCUCCAGAUCAAACAAACUAGCUACCACGACCGCGGGGUCUACAAAUGCGUCGCGAGCAACGUUGCUGGCGCGGACGUGCUUUCGGUACGUCUCCAUAUCGCUGCACUGCCUCCAGUCAUCCAGCAACAGCGCUACGAGAACUUCACCCUCUCUGAGGGCCAGAUGGUUUACGUCCACUGCAGUGCCAAAGGAGCUCCGAACCCAUCUAUCCGCUGGCUUCUGUUUGAUGGCACACAGGUGCGCCCCUCGCAGUUUGUGAACGGAAAUGUGUUUGUCUUCCCCAACGGGACACUGUUUAUUCGCAAACUGAGCACAAAGGACUCUGGGAAUUAUGAAUGCAUGGCUAUAAAUGUAGUUGGAUUAGCUAAGAGGAGCAUCAGCCUACAGGUGAAGCAAAGCUCCACUACAGCAAAGAUUACCUCCACCUCCCCCCACAGUACGGAGGUAACUUAUGGGGGGAAGCUGAACUUAGACUGCAUUGCCUCAGGAAGCCCUGAGCCCAGAAUCAUCUGGAGGACCCCAACUAAGAAACUAGUGGAUGCAAAUUACAGCUUUGAUCGCAGGAUGAAAGUCUACACCAAUGGCACACUCUCCAUUAAAUCAGUGACAGACAAAGAUGAAGGUGACUAUCUGUGUGUAGCCAGGAACAAGAUGGGGGAUGACUAUGUGCUUCUGAAAGUAAACGUAAUGAUGAAAGCAGCUAAAAUUGAACACAAGCAGCCUAAAGACCAUAAGGUAUCCUAUGGUGGGGACCUGAAGGUGGACUGCAUCGCAUCUGGCCUCCCCAACCCAGAGAUCAGGUGGAGUCUUCCAGAUGGCACCAUGGUGAAUAGUGUCAUGCAGGCGGAUGACAGCGGCGUUCGGACCAGGCGCUACGUGGUUUUCAACAACGGAACCCUCUACUUCAAUGACGUGGGUAAGAAGGAGGAAGGUGAUUAUACAUGCUACGCUGAAAACCAGAUUGGAAAGGAUGAAAUGAAAGUACACAUCAAGGUGGUGUCAGAUGCCCCGACUAUUAAGAACAACACCUACGAAGUCAUCAAGGUGCCCUAUGGUGAGACUGUGUCAUUAGCCUGUAGUGCUAAAGGUGAACCGGUGCCAACCAUCACGUGGCUAUCACAAUCCAAUCGCAUCAUCCCACGCAUGUCAGACAAGUACCAAGUGCAUACCAAUGGAACCCUGUUUAUUCAGAAGGUUCAGAGGUUUGACAGUGGCAAUUACACCUGUGCUGCCAGCAACACUGCUGGUGUGGACAGGAAAGUAGUCAGAGUCGAUGUACUGGUGUCCGCUCCCAUAAUCAAUGGAUUACAGAGCGAGUUGAGCACAACCAGGGAGACAGCCCUGAAGGAUCAGCGUGUGCUGCUGCACUGCAAAGCUGAAGGAACACCGGUUCCACGGGUAAUGUGGAUUCUGCCAGAGAACAUGGUGCUUUCCGCCCCAUACUACGGCAGUCGAAUCACUGUCCACCGGAACGGAACCUUGGACAUUCGCAACUUACGGUCAAGCGACUCCAUUCAGCUGCUCUGUAUAGCUCGCAACGAGGGAGGGGAGGCCAGGUUACAGGUACACCUAGACGUGAUAGAAGAGAUAAAGAAGCCACAACUCAAGAGCCCAGUCACAGAAUCUGUCUCAUUCACUGAGGGAAACUCACUCUCCCUGAAUUGCUCCAUUGAAGGAAAACCCUCACCUGACGUUACCUGGAUUCUCCCAAAUGGAACUUCUCUUAUGAGAGGAAAUCACCUCUCCAGGUUCCAGCAUAGGACGGAUGGAACUUUAGUCAUUGGUAGCCCGUCUGUGUCAGAAAUUGGGAAGUACCGCUGUGUGGGACAGAAUGCAGGUGGCCAAGUUGAAAGGGUAGUUACCCUAGAGUUGGGCAAAAAGCCAGAUAUCAGCCACAAGUACAAUUCUCUAGUGAGCAUUAUCAAUGGUGAGAAUUUGAGGUUGAACUGCCUAACGAAUGGCAACCAUCCACAGAAGCUGACCUGGACUCUUCCCAGUGGUGUGGUCCUGACCAGACCUCAACAAAUGGGACGUUUUGCGGUCAUGGAGAAUGGAACUCUUACAGUUCAACAAGCUUCUGUGUAUGACCGGGGCUCCUAUGUUUGUAAGACCACCAACAGCCAUGGCUCAUCUGCACUAACUAUACCAGUGAUUGUGAUAGCCUAUCUACCACGUAUUACAAAUGGUCCGGCUCCUGUGACCUAUGCCAGGCCAGGGGUGGCCAUACAGCUGAACUGCAUGGCCAUUGGCAUCCCCAAACCUGAGGUGGUAUGGGAUAUGCCAGACAGGACACAGUUCAAGGUAGGCUCUCAGCCACGUCUCUAUGGCAACAAGUACCUGCACCCCCAGGGGUCCUUGGUCAUUCAAAACCCAUCCAGCAGAGACACUGGUUUCUACAAGUGCACUGCGAAGAAUGUUGUGGGGAGCGAUACCAAAGCAACAUACGUACAUGUGUUUUGA